GUUGGAGAUGCUCUUAGUACUCCAACUCCAAAAAAACCUAUUCACAAAUGCGAUCUUCUCCAUCAGCACUCCUCCGUCCUUACACAACAUCCAGAACAACAACCAUUUUAUCUCUCACUCGCACUCUCAACAACCACCACCACCACCGCUCCAUGGCCACCACCACCACCACCAACACCGAUUCAAUCAAUCCAACAAACACAAGAAUCGGAUGGAUCGGAACAGGAGUAAUGGGAAGAUCCAUGUGUUCCCAUCUAAUCAAAGCUGGUUACUCACUAACAAUAUUCACUAGAACUCGAUCAAAAGCUCAACCACUCCUUGACAUGGGAGCUCAAUUCGCUUCAUCUCCACUGACAGUCGCUUCUUCAUCAGAUAUCGUCUUCUCCAUCGUCGGAUACCCAUCUGAUGUUCGUUCUGUCCUUAUCGGUUCUUCAGGUGCUCUGAAUUCUCUCCGUCCAGGCGGUAUCCUCGUUGACAUGACUACUAGUGACCCAUCCCUUGCGGUGGAGAUUGCGUCUGCUGCGUCCGCAAAGGGUUGUUCUGCAGUUGAUGCCCCGGUAUCUGGUGGUGAUCGUGGUGCGAAAAAUGGAACAUUGGCGAUAUUUGCAGGAGGCGAUGAGUCGGUAAUUCGUAAAAUUCAACCAGUUUUUGAUUGUUUAGGGAAAGUUAAUUAUAUGGGUGGUGCUGGUAAAGGGCAAUUUGCUAAAUUAGCUAACCAAAUUACAAUUGCUUCGACGAUGGUUGGAUUAGUUGAGGGUAUGGUUUAUGCUCAUAAAGCUGGUUUAGAUGUUGGUUUGUAUUUGAAUGCUAUUUCUACUGGUGCUGCUGGAUCGAAAUCGUUGGAUUUGUAUGGGAAUAGGAUAUUAGAAAGAGAUUUCGAAGCGGGUUUUUUUGUGAAUCAUUUUGUCAAAGACUUGGGAAUUUGCAUUAUGGAGUGUCAGAAUAUGGGUCUUGCUUUACCUGGUUUGGCACUAGCUCAUCAGCUUUAUAUUUCUCUUCAAGCUCAUGGUGAAGGGAAUUUGGGUACUCAGGCUCUCAUUUUGGCUCUUGAGCGACUUAAUAAUGUUAGUUUGGAAACGAAGAAGGCUUCGUCUUCUUAGUUUCGGUAACUUCUAUCUUUACUUUACUAUUGUUGUGAACUGAAAUGCAACUAUUCUCUGUAAGAAAAACCAUUUGUGAAGAAUAAUGCUUAUAAUGGUGAAAAGUAUGGUACUUCUUCUUGGUCAA